AUGUUGCCAGAGUUCGGAGACAGAGACAGGAUUGCACUGUGGAGCACUACUGUCCUCCCCGCCUGCCUCCAACGGAAUGGCAGGAACCCGCUCGUUGUUUCCCUCUUCGACCUCCAUCAUACCCACAGGGCAAUGGAGGGGGCUAUGGGCAGCUACUACCACGGCUUCGCCAGGGAACAUAUCGUGGUGAUUUUUUUUGUGUGAUAUGGAGCUGACCGACACUCGGGAUAGAGUACUAAAUACGACGUCCGCAACCGCACAUCAAACUAUGGAUUAUCGCAGGUAGCCUUACACCCUGCCUAGUACUGUCGGCGCUGAAUGUCUGGUUUCUGCUUUCACACCAGCGCGGGUGAACGCACCGAAUGUGUUGGCGGCUUCUCUUGCACAGGAGCGUUUCGUUGCUGCCGCCCGCUUCGCUCCUCAUGUUUGGCACAACAAAACGAGGUAUUGACCUGUUUCCCCCCCCUUACAUGUACCCUGAAACGCGCUCUACAAGGCCCAUCGAGAGGAGGACGACGCAGAGCGCGUCAAGCACUUGCUAGACAAGGGCGAACAGAACCUUAGGUUCGUCCUGCGAAAAUACCGGGUGACGGAACCAAGGCCGCCGGAAUCUCUAGGAAUACCCGAGAGAACAAGGACGAAGACGACGCGGCGGCGGCAAGCGGCAGCGAAGCAGAGAGCGGCACGUCAGAAGGAGGCCGAAGGGGCGGCGGGGUGGAGUAACGACAGCAGCACUUGGACUCCUGGCCGAUGACGAUUAAUCAACGGCGACAGCAGUGGUGGCGCGACAAUGAAGAAGGCCCAGGGACUGUUUUAGCCUGCAGGAGGAGAAGGGCAACAAGUAGCCGACCGAGUGGUAGUGAGCUAGCCGGGGACAGGCGUACUCUACAUUACACG